GUCAGCUGACUCCAGCAGUCAUGUGAUAGAGCAGGAAGGCGUAGAAACGGGGUAUACAGAAGCGGAGAUCGAGGAUUCGACCUGAGUCAAAAUCACAUAUGUACAGCUAGUUGUUGUUAACACACUCACAUUCAACAUGGCUUGGACGAAAUAUCAACUUUUGCUCGCCGCAAUGAUGCUCACAACGGGGUCCAUCAACACGUUAUCCGCAAAAUGGGCGGACAACUUCUCCGCACCCGGAUGCCAUGAUUCAACUUCACACACGUUUUCCCACCCUUUCUUACAGGCUGUGGGCAUGUUCCUGGGAGAGCUCAGCUGCCUGGUCGUCUUCUACAUCAUGCUCUGUCAUGACAGACGGAGGCCAGAGCCCAAAAUAAACCAAGGCCAGAGCUUCAACCCCCUCCUCUUCCUCCCGCCCGCCCUCUGCGACAUGACAGCCACCUCCAUCAUGUAUGUCGCUCUGAACAUGACCAGUGCUUCCAGCUUCCAGAUGUUGCGAGGGGCAGUCAUCAUUUUCACAGGCCUGCUGUCAGUGGCCUUCCUGGGGCGCCGCCUAGAGGCCAGCCAGUGGAUCGGCAUCCUCAUCACCAUCCUGGGCCUUGUGGUGGUGGGGCUGGCCGACUUUGUGAGCGGCAACCACGACACCCACAAGCUCAGCGACGUCAUCACAGGCGACUUGCUGAUCGUCAUGGCUCAGAUCAUUGCCGCGGUGCAGAUGGUCCUGGAGGAGAAGUUUGUCUAUAAGCAUGACGUCCAUCCUCUGCGGGCCGUGGGCACUGAAGGUUUCUUUGGCUUUGUGAUCCUCUCGAUCUUGCUGAUCCCCAUGUUCUACAUCCCGGUGGGCAGCUUCAGCAACAACCCGCGGCAGGUGCUGGAGGACGCGCUGGACGCCUUCUGCCAGAUCGGCCACCAGCCCAUGAUUGUGCUGGCCCUGCUGGGCAACACGGUCAGCAUCGCCUUCUUCAACUUCGCCGGCAUCAGCGUCACCAAGGAGAUCAGCGCCACUACGCGCAUGGUGCUGGACAGCCUGCGCACGGUGGUCAUCUGGGCCGUCAGCCUGGCCGUGGGCUGGGAGCAGUUCCACGGCCUCCAGGUGCUUGGCUUCAUCAUCCUGCUGAUAGGAGCUGCCCUCUACAAUGGACUCCACCGCCCCCUGCUGGACAAGCUGCCCUGCUGGGUCCAGGGUGAGGCAGACAGCGGUGAGAGGGAAGGACUCCUGUCCGCCGGCCGGGGCUCUGUUAACGAGGCUAGCUAGGAAUUUUGCCCCGCGGCGUGAUGCCGGACGCACACGAGCGUCUCCGUAGAUAUGUUUUUAUUGUUGGUUUUUGACAUUACUGUGUUUCGGGUCCCCAUCGUGUUUUGCGAUAAUGUUAUUCUCUGCCAUUGCAGUACUGAUUCCGCAAGACACCUGCGUUUCCACAGGUGUAGCAGGAGACUAGGAGGGACACUUUCUCCUUUUUGAUGUUUUUAGAAGUAGGGGAGGGAUGGACGAAAAGCUGCUGUCGUUUUUGUUUUAAUUCACUUCUACAGAAAGCACAACACUUGUGAACCCUGUACCUCAAGAGGGUAACAUUAUUUCAAAAGCGGUCCCAACACUGGUCUUAUGUUUAUACAGGUAAAUGGUAUGUGGGUACUUUUUUAAACAUUCGUGUUUUUAAUCUAGUUUCUGUUGGAACUGACCUCCUGUUUGUUUUGGUCCGUGCCUUUUCAAUUUGCCAUUUAGGUUUUGCUUUUGUUUUUAAACCAGUCCUUUUGUGUUAAGUGCCAACUACUAUUUCUCUCCUUAAAAUCAACUAGUAGGUUUGAAAAGUGGUGUUCACGGAUACCACCUGUGUUCUGUGGCAUUGCAUGAUUCAAAGUUUCAUAGGUUUGUGCAAUCUUGCUUGUAAUUGUAUUAUGUCCACAUUUGUGUGAGGGAAAUCUUGUGUUUAACCUGUGCAUCACUGGCGAGGUGCACUGAGCUAAAUUGUGGCAAAAUUCAAGUUGCCGUUCAAAUUCGCCUUCAUUCUGUUGACCUCAGGAUUUUGGAAAGGUUCUCUUUUUAAAUUUUUGAGCCAUGAUUUUAUGGGUGGCAAUAUUAGCAGACAUCAGGACAUGCGCACAUACAGAUCUUGUGAAGGAAAAAAGAAUAAUCACUGAAGUAAUUGUAUGAUGGACUUGCAUUUUUGUUUUAAAUUUGGAGCAAAGGAGAGCAAUUCUGGUUGACUACCCUUUUGCUUCAGGUGUUGUAUUGUCCUUUAGCCAGGGAUUUGGACCUGAUAUAUCUGACUUGCUCUUCUUGUGAUGAUUUUAAUUUGUGGGACCUGAGGUGACUAUGGAACUCCUCUUGGCCAGAAGUAUCUACUAGAAGUAUUUAACUUUCAUGGGAAUUAACCUGGACAACCUUAAUUACUGAACCAUAACAUAGCUUUCUGUGUAGGCCAGGAAGCUUACCCAAUAAGCAUGGCUUGUAACAGGUUGUACAAUUGAUUUGAUUAAAUUUUUUUGGACUGACAAUUACCAGAUGUGUAACUCUUUUGAUAUUGAUUUGUAAUAUUGACCAGACCCAGUCACACCUCAGUACAAGUCAAAAUGAAACAUUUAAUCAUGCUCUGGACAUGUGGAAGGGUUCCCACGGUCUUGGAAAAUCAAUAUUUUUUCCCUUCAAUAUUCUUUCCCUAGAUUUAGGCAAAUUUUCAUGACAAAAAAAUGCAUCCACCAUUCUCGCUUAAUCAUUGCCAUACAACAUUUACUAUGAAG